AUGAGUUCUAUCAAGAAAGUCGCGAUUAUUGGUAAUGUCGGCUCUGCUGUCCUAGCUGAAUUUCUCAAGAACGGCCUCGACGUCACCGUCAUUAGUCGCUCCAGCCAGGAAGUACCUGCUGGAGCUAGGGCUGCUCAGGCAGAUUACAAUUCCAUCACCAGCCUUUCCUCGGCCUUGAAAGGCCAUGACGCUGUCGUCAGUGCUGUGGGGGCUGCCGGUAUUGUCGGCCAGGAAGUCAUUAUGAUGCCGCCAUUCUUGCUGGCGUCAAACAAGGCCGCAGCUGGAGAGAUCGAAUACACAAUCUUGUCUACCGGGGCCUUCCUAGACUUUGUCUUUGGUACUCCACUCUUUGUCGACUUCCAAAAUCGCUCGGUAGAAUUCUACGGCGAUGACAAACUUCGACUGAGUUCAACCAGCAUAGCAGGCAUUGGAAAGGCAGUGGCUGGUACCCUAGUCAAUGCGGACAAGACCAAGAACCGCGUCCUCCACAUUCAGGAGACUGUAGUCAGCCAGGUCAAAGUCCUCGAUUUGGCAAAGACAGCCGCACCCGAAGGAGCUGGGUGGAAGGAGAUGUCUGUCGACCCGGAGGAGACCCUCGGGGCAGCCAGGGUCAAUGCUGCUAAGAAUCCAGGUGAUACUUUUGCGCUAUAUGCACUAAUCAAGGCGAUCAUUCUGAGCGGAAAGUAUGAAACCGAAUACCGCGAGGUAGACAAUGAUUUGAUCGGUCUUGUGCAACUGACGGAUGGAGAUCUUAAGGCACAGUUCGUGCCCCUUCUAGCAAGGGCACCAUAG